AUGCUGGCUAUCCGUGACCAGGAAAACCUGGUAAAUACCCACCAAACCGCCGCAGCCGCCAAGCCCAUGAACCAAGGCAUGAAGCAGCUCGCUCCCAAGACUCCCGGCAGACAGAUCCCUCUUCGAGACGAAAACAACCCGUUGGCAUUUGGCAAGAAUACCGUAAAGGGCAAUGGAGUUCGUCAAGAGAAUGGCAAGCCUGGAAAGCUGGCCCCAGUCACUCCGAUGGAACCUCGAAACCGUGCUCCCCUGGGCGUCAAGACGAAUAAUCAAAAAGCCAGAGCUCCCCAGACACCCGCUCCCUUCGGAGGAACCUUGAAACCAGGAAACACGAACCGACGCGCCUCCACCGUGCGCAAGAAGGCCGGCCCGGUUCUACAGCAAUCCCAGACAAAGGUCUUCACCGAAGCUGCUCAAGAUGACGUCCCGGACAUCGAAUACAUGCCGCCCAAACCGACAGAUCUCCCGGAUGUUCCAGACGACAUCACAUACGACACAACCUUCCCUCAAUUCCGACCAAAGAACCGCGCACUCGGAUUGGAAAGUGUAUACGGCAAGCAACAAGUCGGCCGCGAUGGCCUCACCCAAAAGCAGCGGAAAUUCCGCGAGGACUCACUGAGGUGCGAUAAGAUGGCCGAGGAAAUGAUCAUGAAGCAGCUAGACACCAUCAGCUUCAAUGAUCCCAGCGAAGACGAAUCGAUGAAAGCCCCGGUGCCGCAACCACGCAGCACCCGCUCAAAGGCACCUACAUCGACUGCCAUGCGUCACACCCGCACCGUCUCCACGCUUCGCUCCCGUGAAGCUGCCAGCGCUCUGGGCUCUGCACCCACGCCAAGUGCAGCUCCUACCCGUGUGGCCGCAGCUCCCAAGUCCCGACUGCCAUCCGCCCUUCCCUCCGCCCUGAUGCCGACGAAGAAGACCCGGGUCCCAACCAACCCGUCAUCUAUGCGCAACACCGCCGCGGCCGCUACCUCCAACAGCACUCUCGGCUACUCCAAGGGCCGAAGCGUGUCUUCCACUCUGAAUGAGAACAAGGAAGACUCAAGGCCUUCCAGUACCCACACUACACUCUCACCGGAGACAUACAUGCAGUUUUACGGCGCCCCGCCGCUGGGCUCGGACAUGUGGACUCGUUGCAAGGCUGCUGGCUGCUUCGAUUCUCCCGAGGAAACCAGUACUGCGCAGGAACUUGAGGACAAUCUUCCGACUUUCGAGGAAGAUGAUGAGGCUUUGAAUUUCCAGCUGGCGCUGUAG